AUGGAAGAUCUUCUCGACGACAAUACCUCAGAAGAUCAACGCACUAUACAAAGUGGAAAUGAAAACGAAACUGCACAAGCACACUAUGGUGGAGUCAAUGACAGUUAUAAUAAUGAAAGAGAAAUAUACACUAUUGAUAAUAGGUACCAACCUUAUGAUAGAGAGAAUAGGGAACGUCCCCGACCUAAGUCAGAAUCGCAACGGGAAGGACAGUUAAUAAAUAAAAAAACUGUCAGUAUUCAACCAAAAGAAUUUGAAGAAACCUACCCUCUAAUCGACGAUGAUGACCUAAUGCAAGAUGACUUACUCGCCCCUACACGAGCCCCAAGAAGAAAAAGAGGCCCGUCGAUAGUAGAUUCGAUCGUCGCUUACAAUGUUGCCGAUGAUAUUCUCUGCUAG